AAACCCCAAAAGCCUUCUUUUUGCAGGCAAGGCAACUGAAAACAAGUACAUGUUGCCCUCUGCAGUUUCAGAUAUUUCCUCCUGCAUUCUGUGUUCUGAUGAUCAGUAAAAUCAGCUGGGAAUCCUUUUUGGCAGCAGUAGUUUGCAGCAAAGCAGUGUAGAUACAUUUGCCCUCAUUAAAAAUGUGAGGUUUGUAGCUUCCUCCCUCCCUAGCCUUUGUUCUAUGUGGGGAAGUUUAAUAGCUGCUGAUAGAGAAACUCUGAAAGUGGUGCCAAGUGUUCACGUCAGCUUGCUGCCUUCUUUGCUGUUUACUUGCUUUAUUAAUUGUCUGGUCUGUAAGAGUGGAGUUUCCAAGUUGGAUGUAGGCUCCCAGUUCCCACUGUUAAAUCAUUAAAUUACUGAUGCUGGAGUCCCUCUCAAGGAAAGCACCAUAUUCUCAUCCUCAACUACAUCUGUAGCUGGUGCUUUUUAAGAACUAAUUAGCAGAAAUUACAGACCCUGAUGCAAAGUGUUUCUUUCGGAUUGGAAUGGUCUGGGGUAGUGGUCCUGGGGUAGCUGUUCUGGGGUGAUGACCUCUCUAAGAUGAGGUGUGUUUGGAGAUGUUCUGAGACUACUGUAUCCCCUGUGGCAAGGCCUGUCUGCUUCCCUUCUGCUCUAGAUCUUGCCUUUUUUUGUAAUUCUGCUUUUGACACGUGGAGGCUGUCCAUCUGUUGGAUAACUGAGUCCAGAGUAAAAAGGGAGAGGUAGUGUGACCGAAGAUGCUCCUGUUUAACCUCUGUCACUAGCUUUAAAAGCACAAUAACCAUGGACGAAUUUAGGAAAAGAUGCUGAAAUGUAGAGGCCUGAACAGUCCCAUGCAGGAGGAUAUCAGUUUUGAGAGAAGGAGAGUGAAGUCACCAACAAAAGUUGGAACCCAUGUAGUAAAGGAUAUGGACAAUAAACUGCACAAAGCUGGAAAUGAAACAUUUGUGCGAGAUAUGAAACAAGAUGAUUCAAAAGAGAUUAUUGACAGUAUUAUAGAAGAAAGCCAGAAGGCCCAACAACUAGAAGAUGAUUCUUUAGCUUCUAGAGGAAAUGAAUUGACUGUUCCAACUUCAGAUGCAAAUGCCUGGAUUUCUGGAGCAGGUAUCAUUAGUGAUAUCCCAGAAGUACUAGCUGCUAAAAUACCAUUACCAGAAGACACUAGAGAACCAGAGGAUCAGAGUGUGUGUAAGGACGCUGAACUGGAGUCUGGGAAGCUUUUGGUUAGUUCUGACCAACAGGAAUCUCAUAAACCAACAAAAGUAACAAAUGCAACUGACCAUAAAAUGGAUGAAACUGAAGCACAAGGAGAAACAUCAAAAAAAGAGGACAUAACAGACAAGAAAGAGGCAAAUACUUUAGAAAAAGUGGCUUCAGAUUUAUCUACCAAAGACCUUUCUACAGCAGAAGAAAUGCCCCCAGCAAAGCCCCCAAGGCAGCUGACUGUGGAGCCUGACAUAGUUGCCAGCACAAAGAAACCUGUCCCAGCCCGGCCCCCGCCUCCCACAAAUGUUCCUCCUCCGAGACCUCCCCCUCCUGCACGGCCAGCUCCACCUCCCCGGAAGAAGAAGAGUGAACUGGAUUUUGAGGUGCAAAAACCUGUUUUAGAAGUUUCUCGAGACAGCUUCACAGCUGGUGGUCUUUUAACUUCAAGUUCAGUGACAGAAGGUGUGCCCAAAGAUUCUCAGCCUUCCUUGGAUUUGGCCAGUGCAACUAGUGGAGACAAAAUCGUCACUGCCCAGGAAAAUGGGAAAGCAGCUGAUGGCCAAACAACAAAUGAAGUACUUGGACCACAAAGACCCAGGUCUAACUCUGGCAGAGAGCUCACAGAUGAGGAAAUUCUAGCCAGUGUAAUGAUAAAAAACCUUGAUACAGGUGAAGAAAUACCUCUGAGUUUGGCUGAAGAAAAGUUGCCAACAGGCAUUAAUCCCCUGACUUUGCAUAUCAUGAGGAGAACUAAAGAAUAUGUCAGUAAUGAUGCAGCACAGUCUGAUGAUGAAGACAAAAUGCAGACACAGCAAACUGACACUGAUGGAGGGAGGUUAAAGCAGAAAACGACUCAACUGAAGAAGUUCCUUGGCAAAUCUGUGAAGAAAGCAAAGCACCUUGCUGAAGAAUAUGGCGAACGUGCUGUUAAUAAGGUUAAGAGCGUUCGAGAUGAAGUCUUUCACACAGAUCAAGAUGAUCCCUCUUCCAGUGAUGAUGAAGGGAUGCCCUAUACAAGACCAGUUAAGUUCAAAGCAGCACAUGGCUUCAAGGGACCUUAUGAUUUUGAACAAAUUAAAGUUGUUCAGGAUCUCAGUGGAGAGCAUAUGGGUGCUGUUUGGACAAUGAAAUUUUCUCACUGUGGUCGAUUACUGGCAUCUGCAGGGCAGGACAAUGUAGUCAGGAUAUGGGUUUUGAAGAAUGCCUUUGACUAUUUCAAUAACAUGCGCAUGAAGUACAACACAGAAGGCCGUGUCUCCCCUUCUCCCUCUCAGGAGAGCCUGAAUUCUUCCAAGUCUGAUACUGAUGCAGGGAUUUGCAGUGGAGUUGAUGAAGACCCAGAUGAUAAAAAUGCCCCAUUUCGUCAACGACCAUUUUGCAAAUACAAAGGCCACACAGCAGAUCUUCUUGAUCUUUCCUGGUCUAAAAAUUACUUCUUGCUUUCUUCUUCUAUGGAUAAAACUGUCAGAUUAUGGCACAUAUCAAGAAGAGAAUGUCUUUGCUGUUUUCAGCAUAUAGACUUUGUCACUGCGAUAGCUUUCCAUCCAAGGGAUGACAGGUACUUCCUAAGUGGCUCAUUGGAUGGAAAACUCCGACUCUGGAACAUUCCUGACAAAAAAGUGGCAUUAUGGAAUGAAGUAGAUGGGCAGACAAAAUUGAUCACAGCUGCCAACUUCUGUCAGAAUGGCAAAUACGCAGUCAUAGGCACCUAUGAUGGAAGAUGCAUCUUUUAUGACACAGAGCACUUGAAGUAUCACACACAAAUACACGUGCGUUCUACCAGAGGUCGGAAUAGAGUUGGAAGAAAAAUUACUGGCAUUGAACCUUUACCAGGAGAAAAUAAGAUACUAGUGACAUCAAAUGAUUCCAGAAUCAGGUUGUAUGACCUAAGAGAUCUGUCUUUAUCUAUGAAGUACAAAGGUUAUGUCAACAGCAGCAGCCAAAUCAAAGCCAGCUUUAGCCAUGAUUUUACCUACAUUGUAAGUGGUUCAGAAGAUAAAUAUGUCUACAUUUGGAGUACAUACCAUGACCUGAGCAAGUUUACAUCUGUAAGAAGAGAUCGAAAUGACUUCUGGGAAGGCAUUAAAGCGCACAAUGCAGUCGUCACCUCUGCAAUCUUUGCUCCAAAUCCUGGUUUGAUGGUGUCACUGGAAACUUCUGAAAAGCAAGAAGCUGAAAGUAAGGGAGAAGACUGUGAGAUAUCAGACACCAUACCCUCUGGAGCUCUGAAGACAGAUCACACAGAAGUGCUUUUAUCAGCUGAUUUUACUGGAGCAAUUAAAGUCUUCAUUAACAAAAAGAAAUAUGUAUCUUAGUUGGUUUGCAACUGACAGCAUAAUGCUAUGGUACUGUGGGAUUUAAAUUCCAUAAAUAAUGCAGGCAAAAGCAAAGUAUCUAAUAUAAUAAUGUUACAGGCUGAUUUAUUUUUAAAUCUUUAUUUUAAGGCUACUCAAAUAUUGGAUCCUUGGAUAGGCAGUGUGCCUAUUAACACCUGGGCUUGUAGGAUAGAGAGGAGUGUGUAAGAAUAAUCCUGCCAAACAUUAGACUCUAAACUUUCUACAAACAGUUGUUUGCCAUGUCAUUGUGAACCUGCACAGGUUUCUGCACAAAAUGGUGUUUGCACAUGUGUGUGCCUUUUGGAUCCAUGCACGAAUUGGAACCUGUUUCAAAAGCAUUUUAGUGGUGCUUGUGGCCACUAGAUGUCAGGAGCUGGGGUGGGAAAGGAGGGCUGGGAAAAUGCUGAAUAAUGUAGUCUGAUCUUUGCACAAAAUUCCAUUUGAAAAAGAUCUUGAAUUUGUAGUAGCUAAUAUUCAGAGUUUUAAGUUAUGCAAGUUUUUGAUGGGUCAGCCACCAUGUGUAAAUGUUUUUAUAAAUUUCUCAACUUCAGGAUGUGAAAAUUUUUUUGUUGUCUUUUAAUUGUUGUGGACUUUAGAUUCCUUUCUUAUAUAUAAUUUUUUGCACACUGGAGCACAAUACUCGUGUAAAAAAUUCUCUCAUUCCGUGUUCACGGGCACCAGGAUAUAUUCACCUUCCAGAUAAAAUUAAGCUGCAUUAGAAAGUUCUUAUAUUUUACAACUAUGUAAAAUAAACUGUUUACAUUUUUUAAGCAUUGUAGCUUAAAGUUUUAAGUUCUUCUUGUUUGUUUAGUGCCACUGAAUUUUGAAAGUCUUUGUAAAUAUUCAUAUAAAACACCUAUGAAGUAACUUUCUGGGCAUCAUAACCCAUGAAAUGUUAUUGAUGGUCAAAUGUUUCAGAGAACAAAUGUAUCAUUAAACUUGGUCACACACUUGGAAA